AUGCUCGUGUCGAGAUUUUGUUAUAAUAAUAAUAAUAAUGAUUUGGCAAUGAAAUUUAAAUCCAAAGCCGCUAGAUGGCAGCAUAAGUAUCUUUUUGCGCUUUAUUUUUUUAGCAAGAAAUUUCUAGGCAAUAAAAGAAAACGAUCUGCUAAGUUUAACCAGAGUAAAACAAUCAAGGAUGCACAAAAAGGUGAGCAGGAUUUUGGACCCUCCAGUGCAGAAUGUCUGACAUACCCAACCAUAGUUGAAGGAAUGGUUAUUCUGGGCCGCGUUUAUACGGCUACAGAGUACGAUAUAACAGUAUCAUUGCCAGGGCGUUUGAGUGGACAGGUUUUAGCAACUGAUGUCAGUGAGGCUUACACAAGUCUGCUGGAAAAAGUUAUCGAAAUUACCGAUAAUCAACUCACCGAGUACAAACCUCUGAAUGAAGUUUACAAGAACGGUGAUUAUGUUGUAUGUGUUGUCAAAAGUAUCAAUCCAGAUGAGAAAAAUGCUGUGAAAUUGUCAUUGGAACCAGGGCUUAUCAAUCAAAGUCUUCAUCCUGAAAGUUUAAAAAGUGGAUGUAAGAUUGCUUGUUCCAUAAGCAGUGUCGAAGAUCAUGGGUACGUUAUUGAUACUGGAAUUAAAACUCUCCGAGGAUUUUUGGCUAAUAAAGAUGUUGCGGAAAAUGCUAAAUACCAUCAUGGUCAGCAAAUAUUUUGUUCUAUAAAAAAAGUUAAAACGGAUGAGAAUAUAGUCACACUAAAUCUUACCACAAAAUCUAAACGUAUCACUUCAUCAGUUAGUGUCGAUAGUCUUCAAUUAGAUUCACUUGUUCCUGGAUCGCGUAUUGAUUUGACUGUGAAGAAAAUUUUACGUAAUGGUCUUCGAGUUUCAUUCAACGAAAACAAUACUGGUUAUAUAAAUCAAUUGUAUCUUAACGAGCCACUCUCAUCUUAUGAACCUGACACUGAAAUUACCGCGACUCUUUUGUAUGUAAUUCCUACAGUUAAGUUUGCGUAUUUCACAGAAUUUUCAUUUGAAAAAGAAAAGCAGCCAAUUCAAGUUGGAGAAAUAAUUAACAAAGCGUCUGUAUUGUAUCGAGAUGCUAAAGGAAUUAUUUUUAAAUUGAAAGAAGGAGUGAAAGGUUUCGUGUCUUUUAAACGGACUGAGGUAAACUUUGAAAAUAUAAAUGCUAAAUUUCCGCCUGAGUCUAUUCACAAAUGUCGAGUUUUGUCUUAUGACCUUUCUGACAGACUUUAUAUUUGUACAAUGCAAAAAAAUUUGUUAAAAGCGAAUAGUUGUAUCGCAGAUACAGUUGAACCAGGAGAGAUAUUAACUGUUGAAAUAGUCAGGUUCAAUAAAAAUGGGUUCAUUUUUGUUAAAUCUGGCAACACAUUUGGAGAUGUUGCUCCAAUGCACAUCGCCGAUCCGGGAAUUGACUUGAAGAAAAAACAACAGCUAUUGAAAGUCGGCGCAAGGGUAUCAGCGAGAGUUUUAGGCAGGAAUAAACAAGGCAACGGCUGGAUGUUAACUCUAAAAAAAUCAUUAGUCGAAAGCAAACGCCCUAUUCUGUCGAAUGUUGAAGAUGCAAGUGUUGGUUCUAUAUAUCAAGGAACUAUUUUUUCUGUUAAAAAAGAGGGAUUAUUGAUAUCAUUUUUCGGUGAGGUUAAAGGAUUUUUACCAAGUAAAUUUUUGAACAAAACUACUGGUGGUACUUUAAAUUACAGUGUUGGACAAGUUAUUCUUGUUAAGAUAGAGAAAGUCAACGAAGGCGGUAAAUUGAUUCUUAAUCUUGCGCACAAUAAAUCCAAUCUGAAGGAAGAAAUAAAAUUGAACAUUGGUGAAGAAGUCACUGGAGUUAUCGUUGAAUCAUCGUCUGAAGGGAUUUAUUUGAAGAUAAGCAAAGGUAACAAGGGUGAUAGUGUCACAGGGUUCUUACCAGCUGGUCAUAUUGCGCCUUGUAAAGAAUUGGGAGCCCAUUUGGCGGCAAAGUAUGUUCCCGGAGAUUUAUUGACAGCACUUGUAUUCUCUACAUCGCCUAAAUUUUUGCUUUCACGAACUUAUGUUCCUCAGAAAGAGCUUACAAAAAUGGAAAAUCUAAAAAAAGAUGAUUAUAUUCCUUGCUCAAUCACAGACAUCAGCUCAAAAGGUGUAAAAGUUGUUCUACCUAUUGAAGGAUUUGAUGAGUACGGUUUUAUUCCUUACAAUAAAAUAUCAGACAUCGAAAGCUUGUCAGUACAUCAAUUACUGUUUGGAAAAGUAACUUUCAUCAACAAAAAAGAAAAAAAAAUUCAUCUUACAGCAGCUUUGCACGAAGUUUGGACUGACGCUGUCAAACAAGACACUGAUAUGGUAGGUGCUGUCGAUGUCUUGACUUUGUAUCUUAGUAAAUUAAAAGAAAUGGCAACGCAUGAGAAUUUCACUAAUAAAUCAAUCUCAGCGAUGAAUUUGGGGCAGCAUGUAAAGGGAGUGGUUGAAAAAGUAACAGAACAUGGACUUGUUCUGAAGCUGGAAAAUGAUGUUGCUGCAACUGUUCGCUCGUGUCACAUUGAAAAGCCACACAAAGAAGGUGAUCAAGUUGAAGCAACCGUUUUGUGGAUCAAUUAUAUUCAUGAAUUGGUUGAAGUUACGCUUUUGCCGAAGCUGAAUAAUUCAAUAAGAAACCAAGUCAAUAAACUACCCGACGAUUCAAUUAACGUACAGUUGAAAGGUGAAAUAGUCUUGGUAACUAAUUGGUUUGCUCUAGUUCUGUUAAAGGGUCAAGGAAAGGGUACUUUAGUUUCAUUACCUACUCGUCGGCACGCUAAUGACAUGAAACCUGAUCUUUCGUCGUAUUCAGUUGGUAAAAAAAUAAGAUGCUAUGUUAUACUUAACCGCGGUGAGGCUGAAUUAACUCCUGUUGCUGUUGUUAAAUCGUCAUUUGAGUCACGGAAACAUAUGAUUGAAUUGCAGAAUAGCAAAGAUUUGAAGAGGAAAAAUCCAAGUUACAUUCAUAGUGAGCAUUUACUUUCAAAGAGACCAAAACUUUUGACAAAAAUCAUAAACUGUGAUGAAGUUAAAGAUGAAGUUGAAGUCAAGAACGAAGAAGAGUCUGAUGAUGAAGUUAAUGAAGUCCAAGUGGUAAAAGAAAAGAAAAAUAAUGAUCAGGCUAAGAAAAACAAAAAAGAAAAGGUUAAACAACUUGAAGUUAAAAAUAAAAAAAUAAGUCCUCAAGUUGAAGCUAAAAACAAAAAAAUAAGUCCCCAAGUUGAAGGAGAAAAUAAAAUUGCAGAUAGUCUCAGUAUACCAGAGUGUGGGUUCAACUGGGAUGGAACAUUAAACCAAGUUAAGAUUGAAGAGUCAUCGAGUAGCAGUGAAGAAGAGGAAGAUAACGAGCCGAAAAAAAAGAAGAAAAAAUUGACUGCAGCGGAAAGGCAUGAAUUGGAGCGGCAAAAAGAACGUGAAAUACGUCAACGAGAAGAAGCAUUAGCCAGCAAUCAAAUGCCGAAUUCUCCAGAUCAAUUUGAUCGUUUAGUACUAGCAAGCCCUGACAGUUCAGUAAUUUGGCUUCAGUACAUGGCUUAUCAUCUCCAAGCUACUGAGAUUGACAAGGCCCGAGCAAUCGCAAAACGCGCUCUCAAAACGAUUAACUUGCGGGAAGAACACGAAAAAUUAAACGUUUGGCAAGGUUGGUUGAACUUGGAGUCAAGAUUUGGAACACCUGACACCCUUGACAGCGUUUUCCAUGAAGCAUUAAAACUUAAUGACGCUAAGAAAAUUUAUCUUCAUAUGAUUACUGCUCAUACUGACGCUGGAAGACAUUUGAAAUUGGAAGAAUUCGUUAAAGUAGUUACUGGCAAAUUUAAGCAAGAUCCAGAAGUUUGGACAGAGUGCGGUGGUGCUUAUCUUAAAGCAGGGUUGAAGGAAAAAUCAAGAUUCCUUAUGCAACGAGCGCUUCAGUCCUUACAACCCAAAGAACAUGUAAACUUGAUAAUGAAAUUCGCUCAAAUGGAGAACAGAUUUGGCGAUGCAGAAAGAGCCGAGACAUUAUUUGAGAAACUUUUGACCUCAUAUGCAAACAAAGUAAUUGUUUGGACGUGUUACGUAGACAUGUUGGUUAAAUCUGAAAAGUUUGACACAGCAAGGAAAGUGUUGGAGAAGGCCGUACUUCAAUCUCUUCCUCCCAAGAAAAUGAAGACAUUGUUUGAAAAAUACGUCAGCUUUGAAGAGAAAUACGGUACCCCAGCAGGGGUAGAACAUGCUACUAAAUUAGCAAAGGAAUACUUAGAUAAAAUCAUAAAAGGAUAA